CCGCCUUCCGCCCCUCCUCCGCCUCCUCCCCUUCCCUCGACUCGCCCCUGGGGAGGGGUAGGGUGGGUGGGGAUUCUGGGCGGGUGGCGGAGUCACUGUCGGCUUCAGCCGGGCUGCGGAGCGGACGGACGCGCCUAGUGCCCCGGGGAGGGGAGCCACCAGGAGUGGAGGUAGAGGAGGAGGUGUAGAGGAAGAGACGCCCUUUCUGCCGGGACGUCCCCCCGCCCCCCGAGGCUCUGACCCCAGGGGCUAGGGGCCUGACAAGUUUCUCCACCUUGGCUGCCUGAGGAGGCCGCUACCCUGGAGGGCCCUGAGCCCACCGCACCAGGGGCCCCAGCACCGCCCCGGUGGUCUAACGCGACAGUUUCAGGGACCACUGCAAGGUUUCCAGUGGCCUAGACCAGGAGCCCGGGGUCAGAGCAACAACCCUUCCGGCCACCUGCCUCGACUUCUGCCUCAGGCACCAGUCCCGGCCCCGUGCAUCCAGCCCAGGUGACAUGCCGGUACUCUCCACGCCCAGGCCCUCUCGGGUGACCACGCUGAAGCGCACAGCUCUGGUCCUGGCCCUCACCGCCUAUGGAGCCCACAAAAUCUACCCCCUGGUGCGGCAGUACCUAGCUGCAAGCAGGGGCCCUCAGGUACCGGCAGGGGAGUCCACGCAGGACGUCUCUGGGGCCACGGCGGCCAAGGCCAGCGUGAACAGGGUGUUCUUACGGCGGCUCUUGGGGCUCCUGCGGCUGCUCUUCCCCAAGACCCUGUGCCGGGAAACGGGGCUGCUGGCGCUGCAUUCGGCCUCCCUGGUGAGCCGGACUUUCCUGUCCGUGUAUGUGGCCCGCCUGGACGGCCGGCUGGCCCGCUGCAUCGUGCGCAAGGACCCAAGGGCCUUCAGCUGGCAGCUCCUACAGUGGCUCCUCAUCGCUCUCCCUGCCACCUUCAUCAACAGUGCCAUCCGGUACCUCGAGGGUCAGCUGGCCCUGUCUUUCCGCAGCCGUCUAGUGGCCCAUGCCUACAGCCUCUACUUCUCCCAGCAGACUUACUACAGAGUCAGCAAUAUGGACGGGCGCCUUCGCAAUCCUGACCAGUCCUUGACGGAGGACGUGGUGGCCUUUGCCGCUUCAGUGGCCCACCUCUACUCCAACCUCACCAAGCCGCUCCUGGACGUCGCCGUGACGGCCUACACUCUGGUUCGAGCGGCCCGCUCCCGUGGGGCCGGCACGGCCUGGCCCUCGGCCAUCGCCGGCCUUGUCCUGUUCCUCACAGCCAACGUGCUGCGAGCUUUCUCACCUAAGUUUGGUGAGCUGGUGGCAGAGGAGGCGCGGCGGAAGGGAGAGCUGCGCUACAUGCACUCUCGAGUGGUGGCCAACUCAGAGGAGAUCGCCUUCUAUGGGGGCCACGAGGUGGAGCUAGCCCUGUUGCGGCACUCCUACCAGGACCUAGCUUCGCAGAUUAACCUCAUCCUGCUGGAACGCCUUUGGUACAUCAUGCUGGAACAGUUCCUCAUGAAGUACGUGUGGAGCGCCUCCGGCUUACUCAUGGUGGCCGUCCCCAUCAUCACUGCCACCGGCUACUCCGAGUCAGACUCAGAGGCAGUGAAGAAGGCUGCCUUGGAGAUGCGGGAAGGGGAGCUCGUGAGCGAACGCACAGAAGCCUUCACCAUUGCCCGCAACCUCCUCACCGCUGCCGCGGAUGCCAUCGAGCGGAUCAUGUCGUCCUACAAGGAGGUGACAGAGCUGGCCGGCUACACGGCCCGAGUACACGAGAUGUUCCAGGUAUUCAAAGAUGUCCAACACUGCCGUUUCAAGAGGCCUGGCGAGCUGGAGAGCACUCAGGCAGGAGCCGGGGCUGUGGCGCGCUCUGGUGUCCGUGUAGAGGGGCCCCUGCAGAUCCGAGGCCAAGUGGUAGAUGUGGAACAGGGAAUUAUUUGUGAGAACAUCCCCAUCAUCACGCCCACGGGAGAGGUGGUGGUGUCCAGCCUCAACAUCAGGGUGGAAGAAGGCAUGCACCUGCUCAUCACGGGCCCCAACGGCUGCGGCAAGAGUUCUCUGUUCCGGAUCCUCGGCGGGCUGUGGCCCGCAUACGGCGGCGUGCUGUACAAGCCCCCGCCCCAGCGCAUGUUCUACAUCCCUCAGAGGCCCUACAUGUCCGUGGGCUCCUUGCGAGACCAGGUGAUCUACCCAGACUCUGUGGAAGACAUGCGAAGGAAAGGCUAUUCGGAGCAGCACCUGGAGGCCAUUCUGGACAUCGUGCACCUGAACCACAUACUGCAGCGGGAAGGGGGUUGGGAAGCCGUGUGUGACUGGAAGGAUGUGCUGUCGGGGGGUGAGAAGCAGAGAAUCGGGAUGGCGCGCAUGUUCUACCACAGGCCCAAGUACGCUCUCCUGGAUGAAUGCACCAGCGCCGUGAGCAUCGAUGUGGAAGGCAAGAUCUUCCAGGCGGCCAAGGACGCUGGCAUUGCGCUGCUCUCCAUCACCCACCGGCCCUCCCUGUGGAAGUACCACACGCACUUGCUGCAGUUUGAUGGGGAGGGUGGCUGGAAGUUCGAGAAGCUAGACUCCGCCGCUCGCCUGAGCCUGACCGAGGAGAAGCAGCGGCUUGAGCAGCAGCUGGCCGGCAUUCCCAAGAUGCAGCGGCGCCUCCAGGAGCUCUGCCAGAUCCUGGGCCAGGGCUCUGGGGUCCUCCAGGGUGCCGCCUCUCCCUGAGCCCCGGGACCACGUGGAGGAAACAGCAGCACCCGGCCACUCACCCCUCCAGCCAGCCCUGCCGCAGGCCCACCCCGCAUGCCUUUCCCUCCCGGGCCUCCUGGCCGCCAGCGAAAGCACGCACCUGUCCCUGCGCCCCCUUCCCCGGGCCGGGCGGGUGGUCCUUUCUUCUCUUCCAGGAGGGGGUGGGGGUGGAGGUGACACCCCCAGCUCGCACUGCCGGCCAGACUGUGCAGAGCCUGGCAUUUGUGGGGCCCUGCCCUCCUGACACCGUGGUCCCCCUUAUUCCCUCCUCUUCAGUCCCUCGGAGACCCCACGAGCUCCCCCCGGAUGGCCCACCGAGGCUCCCAUCCCACGGGAUGCCCUUCCUGCCAUAGGAACGGGCGAAUGGGGCCCACAGCCGGAAGGGGCCCCCAGUGUGAACCCCUUCUCCCCACCAGUUGUUUCCAGGAGCCCUUGGGAGGAAGCGCACAGUAUUUCUUAGCAAGCGAUGACAAGAAUGUGGUCCCUGUCCUCCUCGGCCCCUAGCCUUCUUUCCUUCUACAAGCUAAUUUAUUGGAUCCCUGUUUGUAGCCAUCUCGAUUGCCAACAUGGGCACCCUGCCAGCAGCGCAGGCGGCCCGGGCCACGGUCAUUCCGCAGGUGGCCUAGCCAUUGAGCCAGCCCCCAGAGGCCCUGUGCCCCACCAGCCCACACUGCCGGCCACCUCCGGGGGGGUGGGGGUUGCAGACCAACUGAAUGGGGGAUGACUGCUGGGGCUGCCGGGCAUGAGGGCACCUCUGUGCCCAGCUCAGUGCCAAAGAGGGGUCAGCCAGGGGAGCUGUCUCUGCAAAGCCAGCACCCACCCAAGAGGGAGACCCCACCACAGCCACCACCGCAUGUGCCUUUCCAGGCCCUCGGCCCUCUGGCCGGGGAGCCUCCCUCAAUCCCUCAGUAAAAGCCUCCCACAGAAAGUGCAGUGGUGUCGCCUAGCCUCUUUGUGCGGCAGGGCUUGGGGGAGAGGCGGAGUGGGCAUCAGGUCGCCUGGGCUCGAAGAAUAAACUUGACCCCCACCCAAACGCACAGCUCGGCGUAGUCUCCUGGGGACAUGCCGAGGAGGGAGAUUUAGCAACAUCUCCCAGACAUGCUGGCUGAGCGCCAACCGGAGUGCGGUGCAAUCCCGGCCUCACAGCGCUGGGGUGGAGGGGAGGGGACUGACGCCCAAUCCCUGCAAAGUGGGCAGAGGGAGGGGGCCACAGAGGAGGAAGCGUCCCGACGCUGCUGGCCUCCGGGCGGCAGGGAAAAGACGGUUCCAGACCUUCUAGGAGGAGGGAAGGCUGGUGCAAAAGCCCAGAGGUGAAUCAGGAGCCAGACGGGGGACAUCCACGUGAUGCAGAGGGCAGAGGGAGGGAGGGGCUGGGGCCACGCUGGGGAGCCUGGACUUAACUCGGCGGCUACGACAAGAAGAAGCCAGCGAAGGGUUUUCAGCAGGAGAGAGGGAGGCAACCCGCAGCUCCACUUAUGGCAGGUGUGUGGGGGGCUGUUUGGAAGGAGGCAAGAGCGCGCAGCCUGGUCCCCGUCCCCUGCGGGUAGCAAGGGAAAUGGGGCUCCCAUACCACCCAGCACGUCCACUCCUGGCUUAAAGCCGAGCCAGCUGAAAACAGAUGUUCAAUCAAACACUUAGAUGUGAACGUUCAUAGCAGUGGUGUUGAUGAUACUCUGCAAGCAGAAACAACCCAGAAGCCCAUCAACAUGAACGGACACAGAAUGCGGUCUGUCCGGGCGACGGCGGCGACUCGGCCGGAACGAGGAAUGCAGUUCUGACCCCUGCCACAACAGGACCUGGAGGGCGGGGUGGAGUGAGAGCAGCCGGACACAGAAGCCCGCAUGGUGCGUGAUUUCACGGACGGGAAAUGUCCAGAACGGGCAAAUCCACGGAGGCUGAACGCGACGGGUGGGUGCCAGCGGCCGGGGAGGUAGGAAAUGGAGGGACUGCGUAAGGAACAUGGGCUUUCCUUUUGGGGUGGGGUUCUGGAACUGUAGAGGUGAUGGUCACUGUACCGAGUGCCACUGUACUGUGCCCUUUAAAAGGGUGAAUUGUAGGUCAUGUGAAUUUCACCUCAGAAAAUAGAUCUGUAGAUAAUACGUGAUAGGUACAUUGAUUGAUUGAUGAUAGCUGGAUGAUGCAUGAUCGAUAGGUAAUAGAGAGAUGAUAUAUACAGAGAGAUGAUGGAUGAUAGAUAAAGGUAAAAUCCCUUAAAGCACCACUUUAAGCAGCCCAGGCAAGAUGUGCUGACGCUUCAGAUCCUGGAUAUAUAAGAGCGAGAUUAGAAGAAAGUCAAGAAGCAUGGGGGGGCGGGGAUUAGACUCAGGGGGAGGUAGACAGGGAUAGUCAAGAUGACCCUUGGGCUCUGGCUGACGUGGCCAGGUGGGUGAUGGCAGCCUUCGCUGAAGGAGGGCAGGUGGCGGGUGAAGAUACGAGGAGCCUGGGGAGGAGGUGCUCCUCACUACGGUUGGUAGCUCAAAGAGACAAAACUCGUGGGACUAGGGGUGCCUGGGUGGCUCAGUCCACCAAGCUCUGACUUCGGCUCAGGUCAUGAUCUCGCGGUUCAUGGGUUCUAGCCCCACAUCGGGCUCUGUGCUGUCGGCACAGAGUCUGCUUUGGAUUCUCUGUCCCCCUCUCUCUGUCUCUCUCCAUCUCUCUGUCUCUCUGUCUCUGUCUCUCUCUCUCUCUCUC